CAUGUUCUCCUAACACAUACGCGUUUUCCUUCCUUCCAGCACCUUCACAAUGAGUAAUUACAGCCCCCCAGUUAAAUGCGCUUUCUAUGGCCUUCCCUUGCUUUUGAGCUCUCGCAGUCUUAUCAGCCUCUGUCGUUAACCAAACAAUUACAUGCACUGAUCAUCAAGUACCAACUCUCAUUCGAUCCCUUCUUCGCAACCCGAAUCAUCCGAUUUUAUGCUCUUAACAGAGACCUCCGGACCGCUCGCAAUGUGUUUGAUAGAACUCCCAGUAGAAGUGUAUACCUCUGGAAUUCCAUGAUCAGAGCUUAUGCUCAGUACCACAAAUUCAACCAUGCGUUCUCUCUCUUCAGAAGUAUGCUUGGUACCCAAGUGAAACCCGACAAUUACACAUUUGCAUGUAUUCUACGUGCGUGCUCAGAGAACUUGGAUCCAUUUGGGCUGAGAAUGGCUCAUGGGCGAGUGAUAUUGUCUGGUUUAGAAUGGGAUUCAGUUUCUAGCAGUGCACUUGUGAGUGCUUACUCGAAGUUAUGCCUCAUUGAUGAAGCCUCUAAGGUGUUCCAUGGGAUAUCAGAACCUGAUCUGGUUCUUUGGAAUACAAUGGUUUCAGGUUACGGGUGUUGUGGACUUUGGGAGAAAGGGCUAGAAUUGUUUAGUAUGAUGCGGAAAUUGGGUGAAAAGCCUGAUGAAUAUACCCUAGUUGGACUGAUUUCAGGCUUUACGGAACCCAGCUUGCUGGAAAUUGGACGAGGAAUUCAUGGUUUUUGCUUGAAAAAAGGGUUCGACUUUAACACUCAUGUGGGCAGCGCGCUUGUGAGUAUGUACUCAAGGUGUUGUUGUUUGAGUUCAGCGCAUAGAGUUUUCAGUAGUUUAUCCCAGCCUGAUUUAGUUGUCUGGUCUGCUUUGGUUGCUGGGUUUGUUCAGUCUGGAAAAUGUGAAGAGGCUCUACUCUUGUUCAGGGAAAUGACAUAUCUGAAAGGUAAAAAAGCAGAUUCCAUCUUAAUUGCAAGUGUAUUGGUGGCUACUGCUCGGCUAGCAAUUGCACGACCUGGUAGGGAGAUCCAUGGUUAUGUUCUAAGGCAUGGGUUGGAGGUUGAAGUCAUGGUUUCCUCUGCCAUUGUAGACAUGUAUUCAAAGUGUGGUUUUGUUGGCUUGGGGUUGCAGGUUUUUGAGACUAUGUCAGAAAAGAAUGUUAUUGCCUAUAAUUCUACAAUUUCAGGUCUUGGUUCUCAUGGACUCGCCUUCCGUGCCUUUGGAGUGUUUGAUGAGAUGUUGGAAGAUGGACUGAAACCUGACGAAGCCACUUUCUCUGCUCUUCUUAGUGCUUGCUGCCAUGCUGGGCUUGUAAAAGAUGGCCAGGAGCUUUUCAGGAGAAUGAAAGAUGAGUAUGGAAUUGAAGCCAGAACACAGCAUCAUGUUUACAUGGUGAAGCUUCUGGGUAUGGCUGGAGAGUUGGGAAAGGCCUAUGAUCUUAUCCAAUCCAUGCCACAAAUCCCAGAUUCUGGUGUUUGGGGUGCACUUCUAUCAAGCUGUUACAUUCAUGGAAAUUUAGAGUUGGGUGAAAUUGUUGCCCGUCAGCUCUUUCAGAUUGAACCUAACAAAACUGCUUAUAGAGUGAUGCUUUCUAACAUUUAUGCUUGUGAUGGGAGGUGGGAUGAUGUGAAGAAGUUGAGAGAUGAUAUGGAGGAAGCUGGGCUGCAGAAAAUGCCUGGACUAAGCUGGUUAUGAAACAGUACUUUUAAGUUAAAU